ACCCUGCAUGAAGAUGAUAUAAUGCAGAGGAACAUAGAAGGAACCCUGCAUGAACAUGAUAUAAUGCAAAGGAACAUCGAUAAAACCUUGCAUGAAAGCUUUCAUUGGGAAAGGAUGGACUCUAAUGACUUUUCAGACAGUGUUGAGUUCUUUUCUCUUCAAAGUUCUGGUUCUGAAAGUUAUCUUUCUGCUGCUGAAUCAGUGGAUCAGGAUCUGCUUGAGGAUUCCUUUAAAAACCAACAAAUGGUUUGCUUAUCAUCAUCAUCAUCAUGCAGCUCUCAGCCAAAUGAGGUCUGUGGUUCUGAAAACCUGCAUGGCAGAGGAGCAGCCAUCAGUUGUGGUGACCAGGCUUGUGUUGGAUCCACUGCUCCAGGUGAGAGCUUCAUCAACAGCAGCAGGGAACUUGAGCUUUCAAUGUGCUGUGGUUCUCUAAGAUCUCAACCCCUUCCUGAAGUCAUCGUCACCCAAGUGGCAGACAGCCCUGAAGCUUACGCCCAAGCUGCAGGCCACAAGCAAAGCGUCUAUGCCAUCUCCGCCUUCUGGGAGGAAAUGGAAAAACUAACCAUCAACGACAUCUUACAUCUGAGGACGACAAGAAGUCCACCUCUCAGCGAAACGUCUGACGUACCCACACAAACCAGUUCUCUCGUGGAUCCUGAAGAACAUCAUUUGACCCAUGGAGGCCUUACUGAUUUCUCCGAUGCUGGCGACUCGGACUACUUUACGCAGGCCAGCGACUCCAAAGCGGAUCGCUCAAGCUGGGAUUUUUCUGUGUGUGAUUUUGAAGAAGAUUAUUGGCAAUUUCUGGGCACCAGUAGGAACACCAGUCCGGAUCUGAGCUGUAAGACCCUAGCGGAUGAGGAGGAGACGAGGAGCGAAGACUUUGCAGGACGAAAGGGACCACAGAGACGGAUGACAAAAACCAAAAGUGUGCAAAACGUACAAGCUCUGAAAACUGAGGACUUAUCUAUGGAGGCUUUUCUAUACAAUGAUGACAAGUGUGAGACAGUUUCAGGAGACAAACUAGGAUCCAUGAGUACAGUUCUUGUUCACGGUAAAGCUCUAGAACCUCUCACAUGGGGAACCAUGCAUUGGGAUCCUGAAGACACCUUUUUGGAACACAGUGACCCUGACAUCCUAUUCCUACUCCGUGAGUCCCACAAGUGGAAACCCAUUCCAAUCUUUUCCUGCUCCCAUCCUACUGUCAGAGAACUCACCCUUCCUGAGUGGAGUGGUCCCUUCUUAAGCACCGACGCCAUUCCACCGGCCCAAGUCUUGUCGCACGCUCUCCUCCGCCUUGGUGGACCGAUCCCCUUCCAUGACAAAGGCAGCAUCUGGUGCAGAAGGUCUGGACAAAGAAAGCAAGGAAGCGUCCUCAUGUCCACGUUGGAAGUAGUCUCCCCUCCCGCAUGUGAGCAGCAGAGAAUUCUGGGAACAAUCCAAACGCCAGUGCGACUCUUGCAGCAGUCCGACUUGUGUUUGGUCUGCAUCGCCUUCGCCUCCUGGGUACUGACGUCCUCUGAUCCAGAGUCAGCGGACGCUUGGAAGACAGCUCUGCUUGCAAACGUGAGUGCCCUUUCGGCGAUCCAGUACCUGCGGCAAAGAAAGUAAAGACCAGGAGUCCUCCACAAGGCGUCACCUCAUGUCAUGUCAUUUUCUUUCAGGUAAACUAAGGUCCAUUCAUAGACAACAACUAUUCCGUAUGUACAAUUGCUGUAGAUCAGGGGUGUCAAACUCGUUUUAAUUAAGGGCCAUAUCGCAGUUAAGUUUGCCACUUUUAACAGUGAAUGAUAUUAAUUACACAAUUGCCUAUGCAUUUGAUAAUUUUUUUUGUUUUUUAUGUACAACAAUGUGAAUUU